AUGGUAUAUGAGGGAACUGAGAGCACUGAUUCCGUUACACGUUGGACGUACUUGGGGCUGAAUAAACUGAGAGGAGUGGACUGCGGUGAACUGGCGCAAACACUGAAGGAGGAUGAUCAGCCUUACAAGGUGGUGAAGGAGAACGUGACGAGUGUGCUUGGCAUUGAGAACAGUCUGCUGGACUAUACUGACAGAGGUCUGCAGAACCUUCAGUCUGAAAUGAAGAACAUGAGGGACACUCUUGAAGAGUUGCAGAAGAGGGAGAAGGUUCUCUCUGCCCUGUGCUCUGACAUCAGAAACAUAAAAGAAAAUAUCCAUAGUAUAUCCGUUUUUGUAGACAAGCAUCGUUAUUAAAUUUAGCAAUAUUAUAUACCAUGUAUAUCCCAAUUAAUAAUUUUCCUUAUUAACAUUCUCAAAGAGAGCUUAUUGAAAAACGC